AGUGCUUUGACAUUUGCAACGAUCGUUUAUGUCAACUGUUUUUGUCAAAUUUAAAAUCGAACUAGUAUUUUUUGUUAUAGUGUGUUUUAUUUAACUUAACUGUGAAUUGUGAUUGGAUUAAAACAAAAUGGCUCAUUUUCCCAGCUUCGACGAUAAAACAAUUUUAAAAACCCCUCAACCGGUUCAUUCCUCUAGCAUGGCUGAAAGCGAUAAGAAAAUUUCAACUUUUGACUCUUCCUUCGAGAUGGACAAUUCACUUGGGAUUUUAUCGAUCAAAAGUGGUGACUUGUCGCCCCACGAAGGCUCCGCUGCCUUUUUACUCCAACAGCAAAUUAACCUAGCCAAAGACUGCAUCAACAAACAUAAGGAACAGCCCCCUGUCACGUCUAUACCCUCCAGAUACUUAAGACCAAGCGAACAGUCGGCGAAUUCAAUUCCCUUCAAUGAUUUUUCAAGCACAAUCAACGAAAGCGACUUGCUGGGGAACAGUUCCACGCCUCGGGCCUCCGCCUGCACUCCCGACCUCAUGCGAGAUCGCUGCUCAAUCGGGAAAACCAUCACUGCGCUCGCAAGUUCGUUUGCAAAUCCAAGUUUUGACGUUGAUAAAAUUUUCAACACGAUACACAAAACCAUGGAGGAAUGUUCGUUCAAAUCGGGGGAAAUCGAUGUAGCGAAAUUGUUAGAAGAGGACGAGAAAUCGUGGCGGCGAGAAAAGGCAAUUCCAACCGAAACGAAGGAUUUUUCAGUCACUUCUGAUGAUUUUAAAAUGUCAAUUGGGAGUUUCUUCCAAAAGAGGUCCGAUGAGCUUCCGGAAUUGCUAGCGAAAAGUCCCGACAAACGUGAGGCACCGAUCCCUUUGAUUGAAACUUCAACCAGAAGUGAAGCUUUACGAAAUAGCACGCUUGUCAAAGACGAGACUGUUAGUCUCAGUUUGAUUCAGAAAAUGCUGUCGUCAGAGGAAUCUCCGAUGUCAGCACUUGAUAAUAUACUUAACAAAGCAAAGAUGGAGAAGAAGUACAAAGCGUGUCCAGAGCCUACUAAAGCUCGUACCAGUCCGCCCAUUAAACUGCCAACGUGUCAAGAAGAAAAAGAAAUUGAGAAAGACACACCUGUAGAACCUGUGAUACCGACUGAACCAUUCAAUGGAUUGGAAGAAAUUAAAGAAAAUAUCUCCCCCUUCGACGGAGACAGAACAGCGGUUUCUUCGCGAAGCUCGAGCUCCUUGAGCAGCCUCCCUAACGGUAAGCUCCCCAUAGCUACGACCAAAACCGAAGUCAUUUGGGGCUGCACAAAACCCGGGAAGAACAGUCUGCGUGAAUUCGUCGUGCGAAACAGAUCAGCAAGUCGGGUUGGUAUCACUUGCACCGUUUCUAAUCCAUCAUUUCGCCUCCACAAAGACGGCUCCGAACUUAAUUUUACAAGUGUACUUAAAGUGAUUUUACAUCCGUAUGAAUCGCGCCCCCUUUGUGUCACUUUCGCCCCCACUGCCGUGGGGGCUGUCGUAGACAACAUUACUUUCACACCAAUCGAUCCAAGUCAUGUGCAAACAACUAAGCAGUUCAUCAAAUUGUACGGUUAUGGGGGCUAUGCUGAUGUGGUGGUGCGCGAAAUCGUGAAAGACACCACGGGGAAAUUUUUGUGUCCGUUGGGGAGUGUCGAUGAUCAGGAAUUGAAACGCGGGUUUUUCUUGAGAAAUAAUGGAACUUUGCCGGCUUUUGCCCACUUUAAUUUCACACUAAAUGGGUUUUACUCGUUUUCCAAUGUUGAGGUGGAGCCUUUGAGGGCUGUUUUGAUGCCGGGUGAGGAACGGGAAGUGACCGUUAAGUGUAACCUUUCGAAAAAAGAUCUAACUAAUAUCAAGUCUAAAACUUCGUGCGUUGUUUUCGAAAUGGGGAAACUAUUGCUAGUGCAUGGGGCAGAAGUGGACCGCGCCCGUUUGAGGAAAUUGUAUCAGAAGGCGAAGGAAAGAGAGCAGCAAGUUAAGCCUUGGAUUGUUGAACUGGUCGAGAAAAUUCAUGGAGAAGUGGUUCCGAAAGAUUUGAAAUAUUUUAGAGAGUCGCUUUUAUCUAUUGAAGACGUGGUGCAGUUGUUAAAUAAGGAAGAAAUCACUCUAACUGUUGAACAGGAGGCUGACCGAACUGUCACACUACAACACCUUCAAGAUGAAACAGCAGCGUAUCUUAGUUUAUGUGAACAGACCGAAAUUUUUGAUUGUACAACAUGUCCAGAAACGUGUCAGGUCGAACCCAGUAAGAUUUUCUUAACUCUUCCGGAAAAAGUCAAGGAUAUUAUUUUCGUAACCAAUCGUAAUAAGAAAACUAUUUAUUUUGAGACUAAUGUUGUCCCAGAAGGGCUCAAAUUGAAGCCACAUGAUGGUACUAUAAAGCCAGGAGAAACCGUCAUGAUUGAGGUGUCCUGCAAACAAUUGUGUAAAGAUAAGACUGCGUUUAAAGUGAGAAUUCUUGUAGAUAACGAGAGUUUUAGUGUUGAUGUGAAAGUUGUUUAUCUCAAUGCCUAGUACUUAAUUUUUUGGAGGUUUUUUUAAUACAUUUUUAACUUUUUUAAUAAAUUAUUUUUUCAUGAA